CCAUCACUGUCGCUGUGCCAUGACACCCAACAUGCGCCUCUUCUUUGGCUUUGACAUGGUGACUUGUGUCAGUUUUUGACUGUUGAACCACACUGUCAAAUUUUAUUUCUGCUUUUGUGUGUGUCCCAUAGGAUGCGUGUGGACGUCAUCACCACCACGGACUGGCUGGCUCCAGUCAUAUGGGAAGGCACCUUCGACAGAGAGGCCCUUGAGAAAUAUUACAGAAAGCAGAACAUCACCGUGGGCUUGGUUGUGUUUGCAGUUGGCAGUCUCACUGACCAGUACCUGGACCCAUUCUUGCGAUCAGCCAGUAAGUUCUUCAUGCCUGGCUAUAAGGUGAUCUUCUACGUCAUGGUGGAUAGGUUCCUGCAGCUACCUGAAAUGAACUACGGCCCUCGGCAGUCCUUUCAAAUCCACCUCAUAGGUGAGGAGAGAUGGUGGACUGACUUUGACCUCAUGCGCAUGAAACUCCUGGGUGAGCACAUCCAAGACCACAUCAGAUACGAGGUGGACUUCCUCUUCAGCAUGAGCGCUAACCUGGUCUUCCAGAGUGAGUUUGGAGUGGAGACCUUGAGCAUGUCUGUAGCCCAGCUCCAUGCUUGGUGGUAUUUCCGGAAGACAGGGGAUCUUCCUUAUGAGAGGAGACCUGAGUCCGCAGCCUACAUUCCCUUCGGGCUGGGGGACUUCUACUACGCCGGCACCAUUGUAGGCGGAGUGCCCCUCAAGGUUCUGGACUUGACUCAGGAAUACAUGAAAGGAGUUGUUUUGGAUGCCGAAAACGGACUCAACAGCACCUAUGAGAAAUACCUCAACAAAUAUUUCUUCCUCAACAAGCCCACCAAGCUUCUCUCCCCAGAGUACAGCUGGGACCCCACCUUCCACACCCUUCGGCAAGUGCGGUCCAUGAAGAUUGCUCAGUAUCCCAUAGACAGUUUGUGAUGCACCAGCGGCUAUGGGCUAAAAAGAACAAACCCCAGUAGUUCCUUAAAGACACAGGAUGCCUUUUUAAAGACUCACACUUCAGAAGCCUGAUAAUGUACACUCUUUCCAAAUCCACGGUUUUUUUCUUGCGAUUUUGAAUCAGCUAAUUUGAUUGAAACUGAAUGAAAAAAAGGUGAUAUUUUAUGUCCGUACACAUCAUGCCGUGAGCUCUGCGGUGUAGGCAACGUGAAGUUAUCAAGACAUGGAGCCGAGUAUAUUUUAU